UUCACAACAUGUCAACGAUUUGUCCGGCACUUGAUAAACUUUUCAAAUCAGAUUUGUUCCCCCAUUUCUAUGAGAUUUUCUAACCCACUCAAAAUUCCAAGUGUGCACCAUCAAUAGCAUGGAUAUCAGGAGAUGGACUCAACCCCUGGUACAAAUUGCGCUUUCACAGAUCCUGAAACACGCCGGAUUUCAACGGAGUGCCACGGGGUUUCCCUGUUUCAAGAACUUCAUUACCAUCCGCAGAUACAGCGAUUCCAGCAUGGAGUACAAAAUGAUUGGACCGGAGCACUGCGACCAGGUGCUGGAGCACCUGCGUCGCAACUUCUUCGCCGACGAGCCGCUGAACAAGGCCGCCGGUUUGUGCCAGAACGGCAGCAGUUGUGCCGCUCUGGAGUCGCACUGUGCCGAGGCCAUACUGGACCGGAUGAGCGUGAUGGCUGUGGAUGCGAAGGAGCUGGAGCAGGGAGUGUGCAAAAUAGUCGGCGUGGUCCUGAAUGGUAUCCUGAAACCGGGCGACACGGCCAAAGCGCUGAGCAAGCUGGACACCAAUGACGAUGCGGGCUUUCGCAAGAUCUUCGACUUGCUGCACAGACACAAUCUCAAGUACAAUCUCUUCGAGCACUUCGACGUGGCGUGCAUGUUCGAUGUGCGCAUCCUGUCGGUGGACUCCUGCUACCGUGGCCAGGGCAUAGCCAACGAGCUGGUCAAGCGAUCGGUGGCGGUGGCCAGGAAGAAUGGCUUUCGCCUGCUGAAAGCCGAUGCCACCGGCAUCUUUUCGCAGAAGAUAUUCCGCUCGCAUGGAUUCGAGGUCUUCUCGGAGCAGCCGUACAGCAAGUACACGGAUGGCGAUGGUCGGGUGAUCCUGCCCGUUGAGGCGCCCCACAUCAAGAUGCAGCAGCUGUACAAGGCGAUCUGCGGCGCCGCCGACCAGGAUGAGAAGGAGCAGUCACGUUAAGGCGACGCCCGACUGGCUGAGAUUUUUUUGGAACAAUAAUCUUAUUUAUUUUCUACAUACAUGCACCAUAUUGCAACUUAUUGGAAUGUUUUCGUACUACAAAUAUGGAAAUUAGUUUUGGGAGCACUAAACGAAAAGUAAGCUAAGAACAAUUCCUAUUGUUCUCUGUAAACUAACUAACUAAGUAUUAAGUAAUAACAUUGGAUUACUUUCCCCUGACAGUUUUUGGAGCGCCAGGUCAAUGGAACGCCUCUAGAAUGCGGACGCUGCCUGGCAAGUUUACAUAGACGUGUGUGUAAUUGUUAUUCAAUCGUUUUUUGUAUGGGGACCAACUGCUAACUGCUAACAAUACCUAAAUAAAGUACACUGUUGUGCCAAA